GUCCUCUAGCUAGGCUGCGGGAUGGGCCAGCCUUUGCGCGGUGCGGGGGGUGGUCACCAGGCGGCGGCGCUCCACCGGGCUCGCCCCCGAUCUGUCGCUGCCUGGAUCCUGCAGUUCGGGCUUCCCCCUUUGACUUGCGCGCGUAGGCGUGGGGUGGUGCUUGGUGGGUGCCCAUGGGCAUGGGCUUCCCGGUGUGGUGUUGGCCGGCCGACUCUGCUCUUCUUUCGUCUAUCGGCUUGCUGCUGCGUUUGCACAGGUCGGCAGUUCCUUGGCAGGCAGAUGGCGGCCAUGGAUGCGGCCUGCUCUCCACGUGGGGUGCAGCCGUGGGCGGGACAGCAGGUCCCCCUUGUCUUGCUGUCAGUCUGGAUGGGCGCUUCUCCGUCGGGUUGGCGAGCUCCAUGGCUUUGCUGUGGCGGCCAUGGAUGCGGCUUCCUCCCACCCAAGUUGAUAAUCUUAUAUCGUAUAGGGAGCUACAUGAGUAGGUACCAUUUGCUUCAUAUUUUCAUUACAAAGAAUCUUCUGCAUCAGAACAGCAAGUACUGCUAGCAAUACUUCAUGCUCAACCUACUGUGGUAGCUGACCUUGGGUACAAGUUCCCCUGAAAGUGCCUUUAACCUGGAUACAUCCCCUGAUCUCAGCUACGACUGAGUUUUGCUUAUUUGCAAUAAUAUAGUAGUAGUAUUUUGUUGUGGGCUUAAUAAUAUUAAAAUUUGUGAACAACGGCAAGUUUAGGACAUGUGCAAGUUUGGGCCUAAUUGAUAUAUCAGAUCAUGUAGUGUUAUUAUGAUUGACAUAAUGGUAUCAGAGAGGCGCGCGGGUGACCUAGGUGCAAACUUAAGAACUUUAUCUCUCAUGCAUAUGUUUGGUAGUAUAUUGUAUAGAUAUAUGGUCCUCUUGCCCUUAGCUUUCAUUGUUUACCAUUUUUCUUCUGUUUUUUAAUGCACAUGGAGCUCUUACUGUCUGUGUCAUUGGCGAUUUACAUACCUAGAUAAUUUUUGUUUGUUAUAUGCAUAGGUAUUUUCAUUCAAGUUGAGAGGUGCAUAUAAUAUGAUGUCAAAGCUCUCCCAAGAGCAGUUAAACAAUGGCGUUAUCUGCUCCUCUGCUGGAAACCAUGCUCAAGGAGUUGCUCUUUCUGCUCGAAAACUGGGCUGUGAUGCCAUUAUUGUCAUGCCUGUGACAACACCAGAAAUCAAGUGGCGAUCAGUGGAGAGAUUGGGUGCGACAGUCAUUCUCAAAGGAGACUCGUACGAUGAAGCUCAAUCAUAUGCAAAACUACGCUGUCAAGAGGAAGGCCGCACAUUCAUACCUCCUUUUGACCAUCCCGAUAUUAUUGCUGGACAAGGAACUGUUGGCAUGGAAAUUGUUCACCAAUUGCAAGGUCCAUUACAUGCAAUAUUUGUACCUGUGGGAGGUGGUGGGUUAAUUGCUGGAAUUGCUGCCUAUGUAAAACGGGUCCGCCCUGAGGUCAAAAUAAUUGGAGUGGAGCCCUCAGAUGCAAAUGCCAUGGCAUUGUCCUUGUGUCAUGGCCAGAGGGUCAUGUUAAAACAUGCUGGAGGGUUUGCUAAUGGUGUAGCUGUCAAAGUUGUAGGCAAGGAGACAUUUCGCCUGUGUCAAAAUUUCGUAGAUGGCAUUGUCCUGGUCAGCCAAGAUGCUAUUUGUGCUUCAAUAAAGGAUAUGUUUGAGGAGAACAGGAAUAUCCCUGAACCUUCUGGGGCCCUUGCCUUGGCUGGGGCUGAAGCUUACUGCAAAUACUAUGGUUUGAAAGGGGAAACUGUGGUUGCAAUAAGUAGCGGUGCAAAUAUGAACUUUGAUACACUUAGAUUAGUAGCUGAGCUUCCUGAUGUUGGUCGAAAACCAGAAGCGGUAUUAGCUACAUUUUUGCCGGAGGAGCAGGGAAGCUUCAAAAAGUUUGCAGAACUGUUUGGCCGGAUGAAUAUUACCGGAUUCAAACACAUAUGUGAUUCUCAUGGAAAAGAAGCCCUUGUUCUACACAGCGGAAGUGAUAACGUCGGAGAUGAACGGGCAAAGGCUAAACUUGUAGCAGUUGGAGCCGAUGGCCUGGAAUGUGAGGAUAGCUAUAGACCCUACAGAGAGGGGGGAAAGCUGCUGGCGUGGCUGGGCAUCUGCAUGGGCACCACCACCGGGAUCUUCAACCUCAUGACGGCGGGGCUCGGCCUGUACGUGAAAGCGCAGCACCCAAGUGCGCACCCGCUGGUGGUCGCAUGCUGGGAGGCCUUGCCGCUCACCAUGGUUCGUGUCGUCCUCGUGUCCAGCCUCGGCGCCACGCUCGCUCUCGUCAUCCUGCUCAUGUAUGCAAGCAUGAAGAUGACCUUGCAGGGGGGUUCCCCGUCUGGCUCGGCCUAGUUAGUAUACAUCCAUUUUGCCUUUACUUACUGCUGUUGUUGUGUUGUAGUAGUACGUGUGGAGUAGGAGCAGUAUAGAUUGUUGUUUAGAAAGAAAGAAAUAAACAUGUGAUGAGUUUUUAUUUUUUAUUUUUUUGUGAUGAGUUGACGGAGCAGCACCCCUCAACUCGUCGUGUAUGUAAUAA